CAGCGGUGAGUCUCAAUUUCACAACUGUGACAUUCUUAUAGAAGAAAAUGCAAAUAAACCUACAGACAACAUGAAGUAGAAAUGUGCUUUUAUUGUGCUUUGACAUGAACUGGCUAUUCUUUAUUUAAAGAGAAGCUGCAUUUGAAGAGAAACUUGAGCGCGCACCAGCAGUAUCAUCAUAAAUAUUAAUGUAACUUUUCCGGCUUUAGAAUCGGUCAAAUGUAAAGAGAAAGGACGAUAAGAGGCUGUCCGGUUACCGGACUCCCCUCCUUUGAGGUGUGGUCUAUUUCCAGAAGCGCUCAAAACAAGGCGGCGAGCGAUGCCGAGCCCGAAGAUAUUAUUCAGCGGAGCAGCGCGUUAUCGGCCUGGUCUACCGGGCAUGAGCAGUUUAGCGGAGCGCGCUCUGUCAGAGAUCAACAUCCACCUGCAGUGAGUGGGUCCCUGUGUUAAACCACAGCUGACAAUGGGUGCUGUGAAAGGUGAGGGUGCUUUAGAUGGUGGAUGGGGGUGGAUGAUCGUUUGGGUCUCUUUCAUGGCCCAGUUGUUGUCUUUUGGAUCCCCUCAGUCGGUUGGGGUGCUCUACCCUGAGUGGCUCAUUGCCUUUCAAGAAGGGAAAGGCAUGACAGCUUGGGUCGGAUCCAUGGUGUCUGGGGUGUCACUCAUCACCAGUCCAGUGUGCAGUGCCUGUGUGGAUAAUUUUGGUGCCCGUCCAGUAACAGUCUUCAGUGGUGUAAUGGUGGCCGGGGGUCUGAUGCUGAGCGCAUUUGCUCCAAAUGUCUCUUUCCUCAUCUUUUCCUACGGCAUUGUUGUCGGUAUGGGCUGUGGACUGGCCUACGCUGCCACGUUGACCAUAACCUGCCAGUAUUUUGACAAGAGGCGUGGCCUAGCUUUGGGCAUCGUCACCACAGGUACGAGUGUGGGCGGCUUCAUUUAUGCCUCACUUCAGAAUGAACUCAUUGAAUUGUUUGGAUUGGAAGGCUGCCUGCUUAUCGUUGGAGCGCUGGCACUCAACCUGAUGGCAUGCGCUGGCCCAAUGCGAUCUUUGAACUUACCUGGUUAUUAUCUGAAACAAAGGGCUGCUCUACAGCAAACAGAGGAACCACUCUACACCAAACCUACUGCCGUUAUCAUUGAGUCGGAUGAUAAUCCGAUCAAAAGCACUCCCGGCUCGGCUGAUAACACAACAGCCAUAAAACUGUUGAUAACCAAGGAACCUAAAGAGCUGCAAGCCAGUGAAGAGGAAAGGAGGGGUAAAGUGUUGUCCUGUUCUAUAGUUGCACAAGCAAUUAAAAAGUGGAUGCGGCCUUAUGGAGAGUACCUGUGCAUGGCCUUAGAGCUCCUACAGGACCGCGUUUUCGUGGCUUUCUGCAUCACCUUGUUCCUGUUCAGCUUAGGGGCGUUUCCACCCGUGCUCUUCAUGGAAGACGUAGCACAGACCGAGGGCCUUAUUGAUGGUAUUGCACUUAUACCCCUUGUCUCCAUUGUUUCCAUAACAACGGGCAUCGGUAAGCUGGUACUGGGCGUUAUGGCAGACAUGCCAGGGGUGAACAGUUUGUUCCUGUAUGCCCUCACGGUGAUGGGCUCAGGUGUGUCUCUGCUGCUCAUCCCACAGACUAAGAGCUACAUUGGAUUGCAAGUGCUGUCGGCCUUUGUGGGAUUUUUCUCAGGGAACUGGUCUCUCACAUCCUACAUUACUACUAAAAUCGUGGGCAUGGAGCGACUCAGUCAGGCUCAUGGCAUUCUCAUGUGUUUUGGAGGGUUUGGAAUGAUGCUCGGACCACCUGUUGUAGGUUGGUUCUUUGACUGGACUCAGUCAUACGAGCUGGCGUUCUACUUCAGCGGGACUUGUGUUGUUGUGUCUGGUUUGUUUUUGUUUUUUGCCACCCUGCCUUGCUGGAACAAAAUGAGGGAGGAGAAAAAAUCACCUGCUAAGGAGGACAUCAACAACUCACAGCAACGUCACUCUUUUCAAUGUGACAGAGUGGCUUCUGUGGCUUGAACCGCAUUUCUUGAAAACUGACCUGGGCCUUAACAUUUUGAGGAACAUCUUCUGGCUUCUUCUUAUAUUUCGUGGAUUUACAGUUUGCCAGGGAACUUUUAACAGUCCCAAACUUUUAUACUUGUUCCACAAACCCUGUCAUUUUAUUGAGAGGGUACACUACAUUAAUUUUGUGUAGAUGCCUAUAAAGCCUGCCUCAUUUUUGAGGCUUAUAUGCAGUACUUUUAGCAGAAAUUGUUUUAUAUUAGUAUAUUUCUAGAUUGUUUACUGACACUGAUGCUGUUUAGUCCUUGUUGACUUACUAUAUAUUAAGUAAGUGUGUUACUUUACUCUCUGAGAUCUCUGACGUACAUAUACAUCGCGAGCUUGUGACAACGCACAAUGGCUUCCCUUUAUGAGAAAAAGUGCGGAAGAAUCCUCUAUGGACUUGCCUUGAAAAAAUCCAGAUCCAAAGAUUUCCUUUUUUUUCUGGGAAUGGUGAGGACUUAAAGCAAGGAUGAAAUGCACUUGAAUGAGAACUUUUUCUCAUUUAUCACGUCAAAAUGAAUAGAAAUCUUUUUUCUAUGUUCUUAGCCAAUUUUGUUUACUUGUUAAAUGCCUUUGAAACAUACAUAUUAGUUGCAUUUAUAUAUUUGAUAAACACUAGUUAAAACUAUGGCAACCCAGUCAGCAGCUUUUCAGUACGGAUCAGGCCCGGAGUUGUCUGCUGUAUGGAAAACCUUAUCAUGUUAGUCAUUUAAACACAGUAAUUAUUUGAUGCAAGAAUAUGAUGACGACUGCAAUAUAUUGUGUGUAUGAGUGUGUGUGUGUGCGUGUGUGCAUAAGAUAAUCCACAAUCUUUUAGUUUUUCAACAGGCAGGUCCCUGACAACACUAUAUCUUUUGGUACUGUAUAUUUGAAAUGUCAGUGUUAUUAUUUCAUGUUAGUAUAAA